CCUUUUUUCCACCUGUUCUCUUUCGGGUCCUCUCGGAGGCCGCUUCCGGUCCGCUGCCUUUUCUGGCUCGGGCUGGAGCUGAAGUGAUGUCGCGGCGGGCCUUGAGGCGGCUGAGGGGGGAGUCGCGGGGCCAGGCGCUGCCGGAGGAAGAGGCCGAAGGAGGAGAAGGAGAAGGAAGGAGAGAGGAAGAGGAGGAGGAGGAAGAGGAGGAAGGAAGAGGGGGCGCCGGGCGGAGGCGGAGGAGGAAAGGGCAGCAGCUCAGCAACCCCUUCGAACUGAUAACCAAUGAAGAAAUAGAGGACGAUCUCACAUCCAAAGAGGAGAAAGAUGAUUCCAGGCUGAAGGAGGAAGGUGACCAAAAGAACCAAGAGAGUCUGGAAAAUGACCGGCAGAAAGGAGGAGCUGAGACCAAACAACUGGACCAAACGCCUCUUCCAAAUAACAAAUCGCGCAAGAAGAAGAAGAAAAGAAAGAACAAGAAAAAUGCGUCGGGUGAGACUCUGGGCCCUGGGGAUGAAGACGACGCAGAAGACAUUGAGAGCAUCCUGGUGAGGAUUGAGACUCCUGAUGGGCCUUCAUGCCAGAGCCAAAGCAGGGUGCCCACAGACAGUCGGCCUCUGUUGUACGUAGAGCACAGGAACCUGAACCCAGAAACUGAGCUGAAGAGAUAUUUUGGAGCCCGAGCAGUUCUUGGCGAUCAGAGGCUGCGGCAGAGGCAGCGCCAGUACAUCCGCAGCACAUGGCUGACGGUCCCCAAGAGCACCUGGCCCCGCCACAGCAAGACAGGUGUCUCUAUGGUACUGCUGGAGACCAAGCGGGGGAUCCAACACUUUGCCUUUGAGCACAGCAGAGAGUACCAGCAAGUCCAGUUCAAGUUCUUGGAUGCCGUGGAGUCCAUGGACCCCAAUAACCUUGUCCUUUUGCUCCAGAUGAACCCUUCGCACGUGGACUCCCUUCUGCAGCUCAGCGACGUGUGCCGGAUGCAGGAAGACCAAGAGAUGGCCAGGGACCUCAUUGAGAGGGCCCUCUACACCUUGGAGUGCGCCUUCCACCCGGUCUUCAGCCUCACCAGUGGGACCUGCCGCCUGGACUAUCGGAGACCAGAGAACAGAGCUUUCUACCUGGCCCUCUUCAAGCACAUGGUUUUCCUUGAGAGGAGAGGCUGCCCUCGCACUGCCCUGGAGUUCUGCAAACUUAUCCUGAGUCUUGAUCCAGAGAACGACCCCCUGUGUAUGCUGCUGGUCAUCGAUCUGCUGUCCCUCCGAGCGAGAGAGUACGCCUUUCUGACCCGCCUGUUCUGUGAAUGGGAGGGCCAUCGCAACCUCUCCCAGCUCCCCAAUUUUGCCUUUUCCGUGCCUCUGGCGCAUUUCCUUCUGAGUCAGCAGGAGGAUCUCCCUGAUGUGGAGCUGAGCCAGGCCCAGGAAAGUGCAGCCAGCCUCAUCCAACAGGCUCUGAUCAUGUUCCCGAGCGUUCUAACGCCUUUGCUGGAUCGCUGCAGCGUUCAACCGGAUGCCAUGGUGGCCUCCCACCCAUUCUUCGGACUGGAUGCCCAGUUAAGCUCUCCUCCUGCGCUGAACCAACUGGUCUCCCUCUACCUGGGGAGAACUCAUUCCCUCUGGAAAGACCCUUCCGUCAUGUCCUGGUUGGAGACCAAUGUCCACGAGGUGCUGAGGAGGGUGGACUCCAAGGACCCGGCGCUGGACGAGGCGGAGCAGAAGCGAAAAGUGAGGUACCAGAACGCUCCCAGGAACGUCUUCCGCCAUGUGAUCCUCUCGGAGAUCCGGGAAGCGACGGCCGCAUUGCCUCCGGAAGUGACCUCUCAGCCCAUCAUGGGCUUCGAUCCUCUGCCGCCUCUGGACUCCAUUGUUUCCUACACAAGGCCAGAACGGCCGUCUCACCCUGCCAACGAAAGCACUUUAUCGCUCUUCUUUCGCUCCCUGUUGCCAAACUACAACUUGCAGGGAGAAGUUGGGGCUGGUGGGGAGGAAGGCCCCGUUGCUGGACAGAACCUGAAUCAAGGCGUGAACAGACUGAUGGCUGCCAUGCGGGAUAUGCUGGCCAACAUCCAGUUCCAGGAGCCGCCGCGGGACGAGAACCCCGAGGGUGACGGGGGCGAAUGGGACUGAGCCUUUUCCUCCCUCUUUCUCAUGUGUUUUUCCUUUCCGUACAAUAAAAAGAGCCGCAAGAGUA